UAUGAGGUGGCAGAAUUAGCGGGCAUCUAACUUGCAUGUCAAGUCAUUUUGUUUUAUUGUGUUCAUUGGUCAAUGAGCAGUUACAGAGCCAGAGCCAGAGGCAGUAGCCAGGUCUUGCCUUUUGCUGCAUUUUGGUUAAACAAAAAAAAGAAAUCGACAGACAGAAGAUAAGACGAACGAUCGCAUGGAACAGAUUUAUUUAUUUGGUGCAUCUCAGGGCUUGAGAGGAUGCCCUGACAUUUGAGAGGAUGCAGAGGUAGUUAUUGGUGUUUUCUUCUGAGAGAUUGAGCUGUUCUGCUGAUGGCUUUACCAUCAAAUGGAAUGACAGCAAAUGCUGCCUUUUCCUCAAAUGGACGCAAAGUGCUGGAGUAGCUCGAAGAGUCAGCAUCUCCGGAGAAAAUGGAUGUGUACUGAAGAACGUGGUCGUGUAUUGUCUUUCCGCUGGCUGGUUAGCAGGCAACACAAGCAUUUUCACUGUACCUCGGUACACGUGGCAAUAAACGAAACCGCCGCCAUUGCUGGAGUGAGGCCGCGUGCAAACUGGAGGAACAGCACCUCGUUCGUAUUCAGCUGGGGUAGCUUACACCCUGACGGGGGACAAAACAAAUCCACUAUGAAAGAAAUAAUGGAUGGAGCUCAAGAUGGUAUAAUUUGCAAUCUAGAAUUGAAGAUUGACGAUAGUGACAAUGCAUCCACCGGUUCUGCUGCAGCAAAAGAAUUGCGCUCUUCUCAAUGCAAGAGAGGAAUUUCAACCAUUCCUCACGUACGCACUGCAUUCAAGCGGCCAAGAGUCGUUGAAGAAAUGCAUUCAUUGCCGUGCGUUAAGAAACCUCAUACUAACAGCGUGGAAUCUCUGACAGGGCGGCUAUGUUCCUUUCAGUCCCAUAACUGGAAAGGAGAUCCUGGUGCCACGGUGCCUGCAGACAAGGGACAGGGCGCUUCGUCUCGUGCGUUAGAUGAGAGCGAAGACCUCGAUGAUUCCUUGCUGGAGCUGGAGGAAAAGGACCUCGAUGGAGACGAUCUACUUAACCUUACAUCUGAGGAAAUCGAUAAGAUUCUCCAGGAAUCAGAUGAUGACGUUGAUCAUAAUACUGAAUCACUCAGAUUUGUCGAUGCCCUUAAUGAGCAUAAAUGUCGGGAUAACAGUCGGCCCUCUGCGUCUCUCCCAAAUACACCACAGUUGCCCAAAAGCUGCCUUGUUCGUGAUGAAUUGGAAACAACUUGUUCAGGUAAUGUCUCGUUGACAGAUUUUACUGUGUUGAAGUUGACCAAAGAGGUUAAUCAAAGUCUCGAGUCGGAACAGCGUAAUCACAAUUGUCCUCGUGAAAAUACUGAAUUAGAGAAAUCAAAACAGCCUUAUUAUCUAUCAGCUAACAAGGUAGCUGAGAUAAACCUGAAGCAAAAUGGUGCAGAUGAAGAAACUGAGAGGGAAAACCAUGAAGCCAGCAGCAGUGAAGCAGUACCUGAUGCUCAGGAGAAGAUGCUUAGAACAGCCUCGACGAGCCCUUCACCAAAUGUGUUCAACGGCGACAAUAUGUUAACGUUGAGUGAGCAAAAUAUUCCUGAAGAACAGGCUGAUGAUGGAAGGGUAAAAGAACCCCCCAGCAUUCCUGGAUCGAGUAAUGAAGUAGUUCCUGACCUGAAGGCUGCCAGUCGGCAUAAGCAGAGUAUUGCAGAGUCUCCAAAGGGGAAGGCAUCACGGAAAUGUACGACAGCUAAAUCACCCAGAGCACGUCCAGAAACAAGACAGAAAACAAGAUUGAAUGCAAUAUUUGAUGAGAAGAUAGAAAGGCAGAAACAUACAUAUUUUAAGGAUGUUUCAAACCACUUGAACGGAGAGUAUAAUAAUCCAGGACCGAUACCAGAAUUACUCUUUUUGAUGGACGAGGUGGCGAUGGAAAAUCACUUCUCUUUUCAGCAGCACCCCUCAGACCUCACAGCCAGAAAUUAUAUGAAACGGCAUAGGUUUGUUGAGACUGAUCUCCACGAAUGGGCAAGCAGGAAUGGGGAUAUUCCCCGUUUCGGUGACAUUGCACGUUCUCUCCAGCAUGACCCUCUCCCCUAGUUGCCCUUGGUGUCCAAUCGGUUACGUCUCUAGGACUUUCAAAGCACAGAGAUUCAAAUUCAAUCUGUGUGGAUUUGUUUUGGGCAAGUUUCGACUGGAUAUUUGUACUCUGCAGUGUGAUCCUGUGUUUAAGGAGAAAACGGCGUAUUUAGUCUUAACAAGGUGUGUGCCUAACUGAGGGCACAGCUGUCUGCAGGAAUUGGAGGAACGAAGAGAUAUAUUCUGCUGCCUGGCUGGAGAAUCAAAAGACUCCCUGGAAAGUUGUAUGAACAGGAGCAGAUGUAAUUUUUACUUAUUUUAAAAUAAGCCUUCAUUAAUGUCUAAAUCUGAUUGCCAGCUGAAUGAUUAGGCAAUCGAGAGACAUAUUUGAAAGUGUUAUUUUAAAUCUGGUACA